AUGGCUUUAGUUCGUUCCAUUGACAUUUCUGAAAUAGUGGACGAUUGUGCAUAUGGUGUUCUUGGGAAAUCUCAGUUUUACGUGGGGUUGGAGAAAUGUAUUGGAGACUUGCGGGGAAUGUUGUUAGACAAAGACGUGUCAGUCGUUGGCGCGCAAUCGAUGGGGGGCGGGGGGAAAACUUUUCUGGCAUUGGGUAUCUGCAAUGAUCCUCAAAUCAAAGAAUACUUCCACGAAAAUGUGGCUUUCAUCACCGUGUCACAGUCACCAAACCUGAUAGGAAUUUUAGAGACUAUGUGGGAGAAGAUUGGUGGAAGGAAGAAACAAGAAUUUCAGAAUUUGGAAGAUGGACACAAGCAGCUGCAGCAAUUGAUUUUGAGACAACCCAAGUCAACUCUGGUAAUUUUGGAUGAUGUUUGGUCUAGAAUACAUUUGGAAAAUUUGCUAUUCGAAGGGCCGGGAUACAAAACUGUUGUAACAACCAGAGACCGUUCUAAUAUCCCCACAACCCAGACUACUAGACUGUAUCAGUUGCCAUUGUUGUGCAAAGAGGAUGCUCUGUCACUUUUCUGCUUCUGGGCCUUUGGACGGACAUCAAUUCCAAGCACUGUAGACGCAAAUCUAGUAAAGGAGCAAGUAUUGAAUGAGACAUCUCUCCUAAAGAAAGUUCAGACAGAUAUACAUACUAAAGAACGAAUAUUGUACAACAAUUUGUGGACAAUAAUUGUAGCGUAG